UUCCUUCUCUUUCUCCCCUCCAGCCUCCGCGUACUCACGCCCCUUCGACGGGGAAAGGCUGGCAGAGGUUUGGCUGGGGGAGAAUGUGGCAGAACCGGCGGCUGUGGUGGCGCGCAACACUCCCGGCUUCAUUUAGUUGCACUACUCCACCGCGUAAGUCUACGGCUACCAGAGGACCGGCCGUCCCCCUGGUUUUCCUCCCCUCCAGGUGCCUUUCGCGACUCGGAGCCCGUUAAGUGAAUCAGUGAGCCGACACCGGAGCUUCCGUCCUGAAGGAGCCUGACGCCGGGAGAAUUGUUAUAUGCACCCAGUAAGGACACGUGUUUGGAUGACACGACACCCUGCCACGCAGCGUAUAAAACAGAUGUGCGAUACAUACAUUUACGAGAGCAGCGCAUGAAAAUACAAUGGACAUGUCCACCGAUCAGCUACAACAUUAAAGCCAUCGUGCAAUAGUAAGAGGCGCAUGUGGAGUUGACAGUGGUGCGAGAAGUGUUCACGCCUACACUGAUCGGCCAAAACAUUAAGACCACUGACAGGAGACGUGAAUGACAUCGACCAUCUUGUUACAGUUCACUGUCCUGCUGGGAAAGUUUUGGACCUGCACAUGUUACCACCCUGUGUCAGCCCGUCUGUUUGGGAAUGUUAUGACAUGGUCCUCGGGCUCUUUACGCCAACCAGCUGAUACACCUGUUUCAGCAGAGUGGACAUGAAAUCAGUCAGUGUCUCACAAGUGAAGCCAACCCUGGAAAAGAACUGUAGCAGGCAGAAGGCGACUGAUUUUGCUUUUAUUGACCUGAGUCGAUAUUUACAAGCAUAUAUGACAGUUCCCCGCCUUGCUCCUCCCAACAGGACCCACGGUUUCCACCCACAGGAACUCAGAUGGUGUAGGAAUAACAGGCAUUAGGUUAAGGGGAGCCAGGACAAGGUACACCAGUACCAAACAGAGCUUCCUGUUCAAACCUCAACUUCCCACCAGACUCUGAGAACUGAGGAAGCUACUCGGAAGAGCGCCUUCAAGAAACUUCACAAGUCCAGUUGCAUUUUUGCAAACGCCCACACUGUAGGAAAUGAGGCGACGCUCGAAGAAGAAUGUCAUCCUGGCAGUCCUGCUCCUCAUCGGGGGAUUCUACUUGAUUAACCAAUCGGACUUCUUCAUGGCUGGGCUGGGGAGCUCACCUGAACAUCUGUCAGAUGAGCUAACUUGGCAGGCUGAGAGGCUGAUUAAGAAGGAGUCCUGGGUGGAACAGGGGGACUUCCUGCCCCUCAACGUGUCCUAUCAGCUGCUUGCUGGGGCGCCAUCUACCCAACAAAGGUAUUUGUCUAUUGGGAUGUCCUCAGUGAAGAGGAAGAAGGGCAGCUACCUAGUCCCCACCUUGAAGUCUCUCUUCUCCCAGUCGUCUCCUGAGGAGUGUUCCUCCAUGGUGGUGAUAGUGCUACUGGCAGAUUUUGACGUCGCGUGGAGGAUCACUACGACCAGGGAGAUAAAAACGGCCUUUGCCUCGCAGCUGGAACAAGGCCAGCUUGUGGUCAUCCAUGUUCCUGAGGAAUGGUACCCUCCUCUCACAGGGAUAAAGAGGAAUUACAACGAUGCCCCCGAUCGAGUGACGUUCCGCUCCAAGCAGAAUCUGGACUACUCCUUCCUGAUCCAUUACAGUGCAGGUCUUGGACGGUAUUACCUCCAGUUGGAGGACGACGUCUCAUCUGCAAAAAACUUCCUCACAACCAUUAAAACACGCGUUGAGGAGCAGGAAGCUAAGAAGCCCACCUGGGCGAUGCUGGAGUUCUCACACCUCGGUUACAUUGGAAAACUCUACAAAUCGGAGCAGCUUCCUCUCCUGGCCCGCUUCCUCUUCCUCUUCUACCAAGAAAUGCCAUGUGACUGGUUAAUGUCUCACUUCCGAGAGCUGAUGACUCAGAAAGUCUCUAUUGUCUUCAAACCCUCUCUGUUCCAGCACAUGGGCACUUUCUCCUCCUUCCAAGGGACGUACAACAAACUUAAAGACAAAGACUUUGAGGAAGGCUUUUAUGCUAAUCCUUCAGCGGAAGUUUACUCAGACAUAUCCGUCUACAAAAAUCACAUCCCACAACUUGCCUGGGAUGCCGGGGAGGGAUUCUUCUGGGGACGCGCCCCAGAAAAGGGAAGUUAUCUGACUGUGGUGUUCACAGAGCCUAAAUUUGUAACAGGGAUCUUAAUACAAACAGGGUCAGGGGGUAAAGACCUCCUGGACUCAGCUCAGGUUGAGCUGGGCCACACCGUGAUUGUCUCGGAUAAAGAUAAGACUUGUAAAGAGUUCCAACCAGUGGGAACAAUGGAGAAUGGAAAUUUUCAGAUACAGGACAUGGACAAGAAGUACACGUCCGAGUCCUCUUGUCUCAGGAUACAAGUCACAGCUACACAGAAGGACUGGGUGAUCAUUCAGAAAAUUAGGAUCACGACAAAGUCGAGUAAACCUCUGAGCUAAGCAUCGAUGUUCAUCUUUCUUCCGGGCGUUGUAUGCAAACGGAACACGUGACUGUGGUGCCUUGUUAAAUUAUUUUUUAUGCAAUGUCAACGUGUGCUCGGUGAAACUGUGAAAAGCUGCUGACUAUUUAGGAAGGAAGAUAAUGGAAGGAUUUACAGUGAGUCAGGCAUAACCAAUCAAAAAACUCUAUGUGUGACUGUAUGUGUGUUUAAUGUGUGUUGCAGCAGCAGUCCGGCAUAACAUUAUGACCAGACUAGAGAAGUGAAUAACGUCUACAAUUCAGUGUUCAGCUGGGACACUUUUGGACCUAACGUUCACUCCAUAACACUUGACACUCCUUGAUGGUAUCUGUGUAUUCAUGGUGUCAAGUGUCUGUGGGAUGAUCGGCAGAGGCCCCUCCCCUCAACCCAUAGGACCCAGAGGCCCCCCACUAACAACAUCCUGUAACCAGACACCGCAGGACGCCCUCAGAAGGUCCAUGUCCACUCUCUGAUGACUCCCAACUGUAUUGGAGGCACAAGGGAGGCCUACACAUUACUAGGACGGUGGUCAUAAUGUUAUGCCUGAUCAGUUGGUGUAUAUCCGUUAAGGUUAUUCAUGUUUGCUGUCUUCAAAUGUUGAGGGGACUAACUCGUAUUAAUCCAUGUGGUUGAACCCGAGUUAAGGGGACAGGGUUCUUUUUCAGCGCUUUAUUUUUUCAACGUAUCAGAGAUCAGGUCAGACAGUAUCAUGCAGCCAGCGAGUCACAGAGUCCACCGCGCAUGUCUAACCAUCCGCUCGUGCGUCCACUCUGGACAGACAGAACAGUGCCUUUUAUUAUUUUGCAGUGUUGAGUGGCUGUGGAACUCAUUACACCAGUCAUCUGACAGGACAAUAGGACAUUAUGGACAGAGGAGACAGGUUGCCAAAGGCCAAUUUAGAGGAAGAAGCUUUCAGUCGCUCAUCACUGUGAAUCACAGAAAUAUAUUUUAAGAAAAACAGCCAUAUUUAGAUUGUUCAUGAAUCAACGUGAUGGAUGCAGCUUUAACACAAUCUCCCAAAGCAGGUGCUGUUGAAAUGUAUUUUUAUAGGUUGUUUGAUGCUUUAAUUAAAUGAUGUUCACUGGU